GGUCGGAGCCUCAUGUGUGUUUGUGGGCAUCAGCUGUCCUCGGUGCUGAAUCGAGCAAGAGCAUCUUUUUCUUCACGUCGGAGGGAUUCGAAGAAGAAAUGUCCUUUUUACUUCUCCUUCACGGUCAUCUCAGAACAAAGGGAUGCUGAAUUGGCAGAAAUCGGAGGAUGGACUUCUGAAGAACUCUUCUGGAAAACAUUAUUCAAAGCUGUAAGCUCUGAGACGUACUAAUUCCUUCGAAUGUUUGACAGUUUUUUAAGGAUGACUGAAGCCAUACAUCAGAAGGUGCGUUCAAGUACUUCACUCAACCCAGCCAUUCAAUCUUUACCUCCUUCACUCUGUCCAAAGAACUUCAGGAGAAUCAGACGCACAGAAGACAGCGGUCCCUAUCCCAUUCCCGGACUCAACGCAGACUUUCUCCACAUGCGAGUAAGAGAAGGAAGCAAAAUCCGCAAUUUGCUGCGGUUCGCAACAGCUCGCAUGCAAGGCGAGGCUCGAGACAGCCAUGGGCGGUCACCGAGACAGGUGGUCUUCACUGGUUCGGAUAGAGGGGUCACCAAGACUAUCACCUGUGUGGAGAUCUUCAAACGGAAAGUGGAAGGGCUCCACCAGGUGUCCAAACUCUACUACAAGACCGUGGAUGAAGUUUGGGAAGCGUCGCAACAGGCAGCGCCGGGGAUAACCGUGCAGAGGACGGUCCCGGCCAUUUGUAUCCUGCUCUCCAAAGACCCUCUCAAUCCCCAGGAGCCUGGAUACCAGCCUCCCCAGUCAGCCAGCGUUCCCUCAGAGGGUAGAGGGAUGUACACAGCCAUGCUCAGGCCGCCGCAAUGCUCCAUGGCAGCUAAGAAACUCUGCCUGGAGGACUGGAGCAAAUGUGCUCCAUGAAUUGAGCUAGAUUUCUAUGUUGGAGGUUUAUUUGUUGAAAUACUGUAUGUCCACAUUUAUAUCUGUUCUACUGGGAUAACUCGAUUUUCCUCACAACAUGCCAGCAAGAUUGUUUCGCAUAUACACAUAAGCAGUAAGAAGGGCAAUAGACAUGAGUGAGCGAGAGCAUUCAAAUCAAUUGUGGAGAUUUUGUGUUUUAACUUUAACAAUAAAAAUGGCCUUAAAUAAAAUGUAACUUAAUUCAUCAGUGUUUAUAAAUUGAUUUAGGGUCCUGGAAAAUUUUGUGGGUAUCGUAUUUUCAUUGUGCUACGUUCAAAGAAAUAUGGUAUGUACAGUAGAAAUAAAUGUUUUCUUGCAGUUAAAGGGGAGUUUGCUGUUUUAAAACGGCUAGCAAAAUUUGAAUGCAGCCUCACUUAACUCAUCCGUCCCUCACUUUAGUUUCUGUUUGCAACAUGCACCGUAAGGUUAACCAUUCUUUCUAAGCUGGUAGCAUGAUGCAUUCGUAAUGAAGUGUUAAAGUAACACAAUGUUAUCAGUUUAAAGUUUUAUUUCUUGGAAUGUUAAUUAAUCAAGAAAAAAGGUGAUCAAAUUACAUGGAUGUGCCUGCAAGUGUGAUUGACCCCCAUUUGUCAUGCUAUUUGUCUUUGGUUGUUUUGUUCUGGCGCAAUGUGGUUUCUUAAAAAUCAUACUAGGUGUACAAGAUGGAGCCAAAGAGAUGUUUUUUCAUAAUUUUACUCAUGUCAGGUCAGAUAAACAGUUUUACAAAU